AUGAGUUUCCUCAAUCUACGCCAACCCGAAAACGAUCACCCUUCAUCGUCGUCUUCUUUGUUCUUAUCUUCCUUACAAAACGCCGAGCAACGUGUUUUCUCGUGCAGUUAUUGCAGUAGAACGUUCUACAGCCCACAAGCAUUCGGAGGCCACCAAAAUGCUCACAAGAUCGAAAGAACCUUAGCCAAGAAAAGCCGCGAACUGAUCUCAGCUGCAAGACAUAAACCCGACUGGAACCGCGUGUCCUCUGGGUCUGGGGUAGAUUCCAACGGUUCAACCCAUGUUGGACAGGUGCAGCAGCCUGUGGUUGUUGGGAUUCAACAUCAAGAAUUCUCUGGUUCGCACGAAAUGGAAAUAAAUGUGGAUUGUGGUUAUAAGGGUGAGAGUGUUGAAGAUGAUCUAAAUCAUCUUGACUUGUCUCUUCGGCUUUGA